GCCUGCUGUGAAUUGACCAGACGACAGGAGACGAGAAAAUGGCAGAAGUAGCUCCAGCUCCGGCCGCCCCCGCCGCCGCGCCGGCGAAAGCCCCCAAGAAGAAGAGCGUCAAGCCCAAGAAGACCGGCCCCAGUGUCGGGGAGCUCAUCGUCAAGGCCGUGUCCGCCUCCAAGGAGCGCGGCGGCGUCUCUCUGGCCGCCGUCAAGAAGGCUCUAGCCGCCGGCGGCUACGACGUGGACAAGAACAAGGCUCGCGUCAAGAUCGCUGUCAAGAAGCUCGUCACCAAAGGCACGCUGCUCCAGACAAAGGGCACCGGAGCCUCCGGAUCCUUCAAGCUCAACAAGAAGAUCAAGGCCGACAAGCCCAAGAAGAAGCCCGCCGCGGCCAAGAAGCCCAAAAAGCCUUCCGCCAAGAAACCCGCCGCCAAGAAACCCGCCACGGCCAAAAAGCCUAAGAAGCCCGCGGCAAAGAAGCCCGCCGCCGCAAAGAAGACGCCCAAGAAGGCCAAGAAGCCAGCGGCGCCCAAGAAAGCCGCCAAGAGCCCCAAGAAGGCGCCCAAGAAGCCAGCCGCCAAGCCCAAGAAGGCCGCCGCCAAACCCAAGAAGCCUGCCGCCAAGAAGGUCGCCAAGCCCAAAGCAAAGAAGGCGGCUCCCAAGAAGAAGUAAAGUCCAGCAUACUUCCACACUACAACCAUAAAGGCUCUUCUAAGAGCCACACACUGCUCACCCAAAAGACCAAAUCUUUAUACCACCCCUAAUAUACUACGGUUGAUCAAAAGUGCACUGGAAUUUCAUGUACACAUUCAUUUCCAGUCAAUACAAACGACCAAAUUGCUCUCCUCCCCUCUCCCCCCACCAUGGCUUCAACACUUAAACUACAUCACGACCAUCUUUACUUCUUCAUUUCGACUACAAAACACACACACACACACACAUUGACCUCACGUAUUCACACUUAACGUGGCAUCCAAACAACUCAGCCAUCGGGACUGCAACCAGCUAACAUGG